AUGUCGAAAUCUACCAAACGACAGCGAAAACUGGAGGAUAUGUUUGCCGAUAGUUCGACAAAAAGGAUAAAAGAAAAUGAUGGAAAUACACCAAACAGUGAUAAGCACACUGUUGUACAUACUACUAGAACAGCUUCAACUGUGAAAAAGAUUCCAGAGGACGAUUUGGAGAUUUUACGACAAUUUGAUCUCGAUAUGAGUUUUGGGCCUUGCACUGGCAUUUCGCGUUUGGAUCGAUACGAACGAGCUGUACGUCACGAAUUGGAUCCUCCUGUUCGUGUUUUGGAAUUAAUCAAUUUGUAUCCAAAUGAUCGACAAAUAACUCAUAGUAUCUGGCGCGACUAUACUUUGUAA